CAGCCAAGUUUUUGUUUCGGUUGCACAUACAUCUUUCUUCCCACAUUCUUUAUUGAAGGGCACUUUACACAUACUGUAAGAAUAUAUCUGUGCUCAUUUGUCCUGGACCUUGGAGAGCGAUGAAAACCAGGAGCGGGCUUGUAGGCUGUGAAGAGACCAUGGAUAUCACAGAGAUGACUUUGUCAAGAAAAUAUUUACGCGCAAACAAUAACCACGUUUUAACAAUUGAAGACCAAGGCCAGUUGACUGGUUCCGAUGUAUCGCACGAAAACUCAUGUGAUUCAUCCCCUGACGGUCUUUUGGAACUUCACUCGGUUUCAUCAAGCAGUACUUGGUCAAGACCCCAGCAUGCGUCGCUCCACUCUGCACGUUCCGGAAGCCGGCAAACGCAAGCAUCAUCGAUGGCAGAAUCUGCAAUGUCCAUCCGUGCUCAACAAUUCUAUUUCGGUACACCUUCGAGUCACCGUUUUACGUGUCCUUCUUCACGCGCUACGACUUCGUCUUCUAUAUGCAUGUCCGAACUUUCGGAAAGUAAUAAUGUGGGACCUUCCGCAGCUGUCAAGAGUUCUUUCCGACGGCUAUCGUGGCAAUCCCAGCAAAGUCGGAAAAGCGGCAAUAACGUGAGCUUGCGAAGCGGGUUCAGCAGACUCACACGACGAUCCUGGCGUUUACGUAGAAUGGAAGUGCUGAUGGACCAAAACUUGCCUGAUUUUGAAACUCAGAUAUUCUGUUCUUCAUGUGAAAAAUGGUUGCCAUCUCGCAUUCGAUACCGUUCGGGCGCCUUGGUUUGGCUCGUAGCAUUUGUACUGUUCAUAUGCACGGUAAUUCUUUUCUGGAUACCGUUUUACGUCAAGUACUUUAAAGACGUUGUCCACUACUGUCCCUCCUGUGGCGUCAAAAUUGGUCGACACUUCAAACUCUGAAGGCCGAAUGUGACUAGUAUUUUUCAAUGACCAAUGACGUAGACGACAGACCCGCCCAAGAAUUUCUAGCACGUUCGACGCACUUU